AUGUCUGUUCAUCACACCCUUGAACAGGGUUACACAAGCCGAGUUCAAACUCCUCCCCCGAUCCUAGCAAAAAGGCUCUUGUUAGUGCAGCAGCUACCAAGACUUAGCGAGCAGCAGUUACGAGAAUUCCUUGAUCGCACCAUCCGUGAUGAUUGCGAUAUCCGUCAUUUCUACGAGGUCAUGAUUGAUGCCAUCAGGUCAAACAAAGUGUAUCUCGUGAACGAGCUACUCCAACACAAAAUGCCCGUGUCGCCAAUCUACGUACUCGAAGCCGUCAAGGCGAGAGCGAAGACUAUCUUGACCAGCUUCUUCAAUAACGGCUGGGAUAUCAACACGUCAAUGAGUAGAACGGACCCGCCUAUUCUUGCCAAUGCGCUCGAGGACCCGGAGAUGACAACAUGGCUGCUCGACCAUGGCGCAGAUCCUAAUACGCGCUGUGACAUCGAUAAUACCCCGCUCUCCUAUGCUGCCAGAUACGCCGCUUUGUCAACUAUUGAUCUUCUCCUACGUCGUGGUGGUGAUGUUAGAAUAGGCCAGCUUGUGCGUAAUGCGAUCUAUCGAGAGUCUGACAGCCUUAAAGUCGUCGAAAUGCUCGUUGAUCGGGGUGCUCCUUUUAAUGCCCUUAUGUAUGAAGACCAUCAAUAUUCGAGGAAUAUGUUUCCUUUUAUGAGGGAAACUCCUUUACACACGGCCGUGGCUCUUAAGAAAGGUGAUGUUAUUCGGUAUCUAGUUCAUAAAGGUGCGAGUGUGGAUAUCGAGGAUUGUAGGGGUCAAACAGUCAUGCAGUCUGCAGAUGAGGAUACCAGAAGGGUGAUUAUACAAGAGAUUCAGAACUGA